UAUAAAUUUACCUACUUGACACUCUCCUAGUUUUAUCGAGAGGGAUCCUUCCCUUGAGCCAAAGCCUUCUAAAUGUCCUAACCCACCUUCAACCACAAACUACAAGUGUACACUCUGGGGAGCGGCCGUGUGUGCCAGUCAGGUCAAGGACAAGGGCCAUUGUGAGGAAGGCUUCCACAUCGUCAUUACCGGGUCGAAUGGAUACACCAAAAAGGCACCGAAACCGAAGCCACUCUCCAGCGCGAAGUCCAGCAUCAAGACAAGCUCCAAGUCUGGCUCUAGCACUAAAUGCAGCUCCUCUCUUUCCACGAAGGUUUCCAGUACAACCGCCAAAUCCAGCUCGUCUACCCCAUGCAAGUCUUCAAGUGCUUCCAAGCCUACAUGGGUUUCCUCCGCGCACUCGACAGCUCGCACUUUCGGGCCUUACUCUUCCAAAUCGACGACUUCAUUUCCGAUUUACACAAGCGCAUCCCGCGCUUCGUCUAGCGUUGUUUUUUCAAGCACGUCUUCUGAGCUCGUCCCUUCAUCUUCAUCAUCUGAACUGCAAUCAAGCACGACAUCUGCAUCCAGCAUCUAUACUACUAUACCAUCAUCGACGACUAGCAGUCCUGAACCAAGCCAGACGACCUCAACCGUCACCAUCUCCUCGUUCAGCAGCUCUACAGGAUCCCAAUCUAUCUCUUCGGUAUCUUCUGUAGACUCCCAAAGUAGCAUCCUCUCCUCGUCCAUUAGCUCUACGGACUCCGAGUCGGCCACUUCGACGUCUACUGCCGGCUCCCAAACAAGUAAUAUCCCCUCCUCAUCCACCAGCUCCACGGACUCCGAGUCAAUCACUCCGACGUCUGCUGCCGACUCCCAAACAAGCAGCACACCCGAAUCCAA